UCGGAACUAUUUUGGUGACGCUCCGCCGGUGAGGCGGCGCAGCUGCAUCCGGUAGCUCUGUGCUGAACUUUUUUUGCGGGUAGUUAAAGCUGCUGGAGGGAUGUUUUGGGGGAUAGUCAGUUGUAUGAGUCCCAAUGACUCACAUGCAGUCCUGUUUUAUAUCUAUGUUUUUUGCAAAUGAUUAUCCGGAAGCAGCUGUUAGCGUAAUGUCAGCUUUCAUCGGGUAAUCAGAUAGUUUUAAGUUAAGUUGGUGUAUUGUUUAGGUGAGCCAGAGGGAAAUGGUGCCAUUAAAGCGGAGAAAGGUGGCCCUCUCGGCUACCCAGGGCGCUGGGACACACAGCAGCGGAGAAACAGAGCCAGCCAAGUUCCCGCAGGUUGUUUUGUUCUUGUUGGAAAGAAAAAUGGGAGCCAGUCGAAGAGCUUUCCUCUCUCAGCUCGGACGGAGGAAAGGUUUUCAGGUGCAGGAGACGUUCAGUGAAAAUGUGACUCAUGUUGUCUGUGAAAAGAACUCCGGGGAGGAGGUCAGGACGUGGCUGGAGUCACAGGGAGGGGGCCAGGCUAAGCUCCACCUGCUGGACGUCAGCUGGUACACGGAGAGCAUGCGUGAUGGCUACCCAGUGGAGAUCCAGGACAGACAUAAACUGCAGGAGCCUGUGGUCAGCGACUCGGAGGUCAUUCCCUUCUCCGUUCCCGGCUACGCCUGUCAGAGGAGGACCACUCUGGAAAACCAUAACAGCGUUCUCACUGACGCUCUGUCACUCCUGGCUGAGAACGCCGAGCUGAGCGACGAGGACGGCCGAGGCGUGGCGUUCCGCAGGGCGGCCGCCGUGCUGAAGGCGCUGCCGUCGGCAGUCACACACGUGUCACAGCUCACAGGCCUGCCCUGCCUGGGAGAGCACUCACUCAGAGUCAUUAAAGACAUUUUGAAGAAUGGAACCUCAAGUGAAGUGGAAUCCACCAAGGCGUCUGAGCGGUUUAAAGCAUUAAAGGUGCUGACGGGUAUUUUUGGAGUCGGAGCAAAGACGGCUGACCGAUGGAUCCGAGAGGGGAUACACAACCUUCAGCAGCUACGAAGUUCAGGGCAAACGCUCAACCGCGCACAACAAGCAGGUCUGGAGCACUACGCCGACAUCAGGCAGCCAGUGAGCACGGCGGAGGCGGAGGCCAUCAGGGCGGUGGUGGAGAGGGCCGUGGCCUCCGUGUUACCAGGAGCUCAGAUCGUUCUCACAGGGGGAUUCAGAAGGGGGAAGCUAACUGGUCACGAUGUGGACUUCCUGAUUACUCACCCUGAGGAGGGCCGCGAGGUGGGACUGAUGCCCAAACUGGUCUCCUGGUUGGACUCACGGGGUUUACUGUUGUAUCAGAAAACGAGCAGAAACUCCUACUUGGAGUCUCAGGACGGCCCAGGUCGCCCUCCCUCCAACAUCGACCGCUUCGAGAGGUGCCUGUCCAUCUUCAAGCUGUCCACUCCAGAAGCAGCAAAAACAGACCUGCAGGAUGCAGCAGAAAAUGGUGUCCAAUCGGAGAAAGAUGGGGAGUCCCAGUCAGGGGAGCUCGGUCAACAUCUGCAAAGGAAAGCUGCCUCAGAGAGACGGUGGCGGGCCGUGAGAGUGGACCUGGUGGUCUCCCCGGUCAGCCAGUUUGCUUUCGCCCUUCUGGGCUGGACUGGAUCCAAGCUGUUUGAGAGGGAGCUGCGACGGUGGGCGGGGCACGAGAGGGGCAUGUCUCUGAGCAGCCACGCCCUGUACGACAACAAGCAGGGAAGAUAUAUAAGAGCUUCUUCAGAGGAGGAGAUAUUUGCUCAUCUUGGUCUGGAGUACAUUCCUCCGUCAGAGAGAAACGCCUGAAGACUCCCUGCAGGAGAGGAGAACACCGGGCGCCUAAGGCAGCAGGCUGGAAGCAAAGCCAAACAUGGAUCUGUUGUUU